GAGAGAGAGAGAGAGAGAGAGAAAGAGAGAGAGAGAGAGAGAGAGAGAGAGAGAGAGAAGCCCAAGAUUAUCGAACUGGCACUGCAGGAGGGAGAAGGAGCGAGAGCGGUACCGGAAAGUACGUGCAAGGCCGGUACGGUUUCGAACGGCACGAACGAAUUUCGUCCUCGAUGUAACCUUCUCGCUAACAUUAUUUUCACGGAGGAGAAACUCCGGGAAGGUAUAAGGGUUAUCAAAGUUGUACGGUCUCGAGUCGAAAGAGCCGGUAAGUAUUAGCGCGCGAAUAUAGCGAGCGAUUAUCGCUCGCCAAGGGGUUGUUGUAGGGUUCGACGCGACGUUUUAUUUCGAGGAGCACGAACGUGAGGAAGAGGAGGAGGAGGAGGAGGAAGAGAAGAAGGAGUAGGGUAUGAUCCCACAGGGUUUCGUAGCCUCUAGCUUGGCGGAUAAUUUGCAUUCUCGGUAAUCCUUAAUUUACAACUCGAGCGAGUUUUCAACCAGAGAGCCGGCAUAUCGCGGCGUCGUUUCUACGUCGGUGGUGGUGAUGCUGGUGCUGCUGCUGCUUUGCCGCUCGUAGAAGAGUGCAGGAUAACGUUGGCUCGGCGAGAGGGUGGGUCGAGAGGGUGAAUCGAAAGAGGGUGGCUCGAGAGCGAGCUGGUGGGGGAAGCUCCUCGGCCAGGGCCCGUAGCCGAGCCUCGGAAGUCUGACCGACCAACCGACCGAAUCGCUGCUACUACUGCGCUCUACACGUUCGGGUGGGGAUAGCUGAGCGAACGGCGAGCAAGCGAACGGAGUGGUGGGAAACUGUGAACACCGUGGCGGAGAGAGAGAGGGGAACGACGAGCGGAGUGCUCAGGAGUCGCGGGUUGGCUCACUCUGCGGCUCCCGCCGCUCGGGAGCAGACACGCGGGGCCAAAGACUAAUUUGAACUAUUUUAUUAACACAAAAACAAAACAAAUACAUAUUUGUAAAUAACACUUUAAGAAGCCAACAACACGAAACUACUAAAUAACGCGCAUACAAUACGUCACGUCGUACUUCUCCUUAAGAAGCUCUUAAACCUACUACUACUACUAUCUUCUUAUCGUAAUCUUUCAAAGUCUCUUGUAUUAAAAUACGAGAAGGAAAGGAAGGAAAACGCACAGCUGAAGGAAGGGGUGAAACGUACGCGACGCGAUCGCCGUCGAAGAGGCACUUGCGUUCUACCGGCCUGUGGACGGGGAGAGCGUGAGAGAGAGAGAGAGAGAGAGAGAGAGAGGGAGAGAGAUAGAGGGAGGUGGUAGAGAGAGAGAGAGAGAGAGAGAGAGAGAGAGAGAAAGACCGAAGAGAGAUAUCAGCAUCCUGAUUAUUAUCAAAAGACGAACGACGCAUAACGAAUGAGCUGAACGUAGGAGAAAAGAAAAGAAAGAGAUUCUCUGUUUUCUGAACUUAUCUCCAUUCGUCGCUGAGUGAAUUAGAAGGAAGGAAAAGUCGAGAGGGCGAGUGAGCGCACGUGCCUCGAUAACGAAGGAAAACGAGGGCGAAAGUUUAACAACGAGAAAGAAAGAAAGAAAGGGAAGAAGAGAGGAAGAGAGGAAGAAAGGACGGAAGGAAGAAAGUAAGUAAGUAAAGUAAGAAAACGCGUUGACUCUGAAUCUCCGUUUUGAGUUCUCUCUGUAACUGUGUGACCCUUACAUUAUUUUGUCCCUCCGGCUGGGGACAGGUUCAGUGUUGUAACUUAGGAUAUAAGAAGAACAGAGUUUCGGAGCGCACAACAAAAAGGGAGAGAGACCGAUAUAGAGUGAAGGAGAGUGAACGAGUAAGAAAGAGACAAAAGGAGAAGAAGCUGAUAGAGAGGAGGAGAGUAAGUUCCUCCUAAGUAGAGGGAGGAACCAGGAAGGACGAGGUAAGACUUUGCUAGAAGGGUGACCUACCCUCCAAGAGCGGGGCUCCAGUUUUUUAUACUAGUUCGAAGAAUUUUAAAAAGAAGAAAAAAAAGAAGAAGAGGAGUAUCGGCAACGAAAGGAUCGAACUGCUAUAGACAGUCAGAUAAAAGAGAGAGGAAGAUAUAUAUAUAUAUAUAUAUCUAGUGAGAGAAAAAGCAGCAAGAAGUAGGAGGUAGAAGGAGAGGAGGCAGGAGGAGGUGGAGGAUCGAUCCUAUGCGCGAUACCGUUUCCAUAGCACGCUCGUGCCUCCACGUGCGCUCGUUGGAAGAAGCGUUCUCAACGUAGGUAAAGCCUGACACAGGAAGUAUCAAAAAGGCUAGAGAGAGAUCGCUGAGACAAUUAUACGGAGAAAGAGAGAAAGAGAGAUAGGAAGAGGCGAAAGAGGAAAAAUAAACUAGCACGUUAUUUCGAGCGAGUGUGUGUGUGAGAGAAAGAGUGAGAGAGAGAGAGAGAGAGAGAGAGAGAGAGAGAGAGGGAGAGAGAGAGAGAGAGAGAGAAGGAGAGAGAGAAAGAGAGAGAGAGAAAGAGAAAAGGCCGGAAACGAGCUGGCUCGUGUGCACAAUCCUCCAGGGGAUAUGUCCUGCCGUUCCAAGGGGAGCCAUCCUACGCGAGCACAAACCUUAGCGCGCAGAGGGCAUCGGCAAGCCGAUCGUAUCUUCAUUCUGGAUCCUGGUAUUAAAGUGUCUUGACGAAAAGAGAAUCAUCGACAUCAUCGUCAGAGCAAUACUAACACGAGAAAUAGCAACAGCAACAACAGCAGCAGCAGCAGUAGCAGCAGCAGCAGCAGCAGCAGCAGCAGCACUAGCAACGGCAGCAGCGCCGGCAACAACUCUCGAGCGGGUAUCGCUAGUACGAUCCUGACGGAGGAUCUCCAACUGUUAGCUAGCACGAGGAGGGCGCAGUCGUCCAAGCGAGAAGGACUGCUGGCUUCUUCGACUGGGUCGACGACGGCGAGACCGACGAGCUCAGCGACGAGCUCAGCGACGAGCUCCUCGACGAGCGUCAUCAUGCCGGCAAGAGCUCAACGAGCGCGUACCGCUACUACCACCACUACCACCUCGUACGGUCGAGGACGAUGACGAUCGGCCACGAUCGGUAAGAUCAACGCGAAGGUCGCUCGAGCGAGCGUUACGGAGAUGGCGAACUACAAUCAUACGAACGCACAGCGCGUCGUCUACCACGCGAAUCACCCGACGUCUCUUGCCCCGAAUGGGGAUCCCAUAAAGCUCCCGGAGAAUUUAGAGACUUUGCCGCGGGCCGAGCAUUUUCCCACGCAAAGACACCGAUGGAAUACCAACGAGGAAAUUGCCGCCAUCCUGAUAAGCUUUCAGAGACACGCCGAGUGGCAAAGUCGGGAAGUUAAAGUGCGACCUCGAAGUGGCUCGAUGUUGCUGUAUUCGAGAAAAAAGGUCCGCUAUCGGCGGGAUGGUUAUUGUUGGAAAAAGCGGAAGGAUGGUAAAACCACGCGGGAGGAUCAUAUGAAACUUAAGGUCCAGGGCGUCGAAUGCAUCUAUGGCUGUUACGUGCAUUCGGCGAUUCUACCAACGUUUCAUAGGAGAUGUUAUUGGCUCCUUCAGAAUCCGGACGUCGUCCUCGUCCAUUACCUAAACGUUCCAUAUCCGGACGGUGACGCGAAGUUAGCAGCUCUACCAACGUGUCUCGCGUUACCACCAGACAAGAAAGAAUGGACGCGAGACGAGCUGGCUUCUCAAUUAAGGCCCAUGUUCCUCGGUGGAGACGAUGAUCCGAAUAAUCCUCAUCUCACGCAGCACUCCACUCAUCCGGUUGAUAUGAUCGUUUCGCAACUGCUGGAUAGACAGAGGGCAUCCUCUACCUCUUCCAGCAGUAGCGCGCAGCUUGCACCUAGGAGGCUAACACCAGAUAAUCAGGUUUCAUCGACGACCGGCGGUCAGCAGCCUUCGACAACAGCUUCGCCGGCACCACGUGUAUAUUCCAGACAUUCCCAUUCGACUCAGAGCCAACAGCCGGCUCCUUUAGUUUUAAGUUUGCAACAAAUUCAAGGUGGAGGUGGUCUUCUGAUACUGAACAGUCAACCAUAUCAUCAUCAACAACAACAACAACAACAGCAACAGCAGCAGCAACAGCAACAACAACAGCAACAACAGCAGCAACAACAGCAGCAACAGCAACAACAGCAACAACAACAGCAGCAACAACAGCAGCAGCAGCAACAACAACAACAGCAGAGUCAGCAAGUUGAAAUGCAACAAGUGACGGAGCAACAAAUCGUUCAGCAAACUAGCGUCGAUAGAGAACAACAAACGCAGCAAGAGAUCGAUGCGCAGGAUAGCAUGGAUCGGUCCACCGUUCAAUCCUUACCUAUCACCAGUUCGGGUUCCGAGGUCACAGAUUUUGCAAAAAUGUUAGACUUGAGUCAGGAAGAUAUUCAGAGGACAUUAUCCGCAAACAUGGUACCGCCCUCGCCGUCACCCUCACCCGCGGACGAUAGUAUGAUAAAUCCGAUGGACUUUAUCGAUUCGUCCGACGACGUGCUGAUCAAUUUGGAUGCCUUCGAUGUGUUUGGAGAUUUACCGGAAUUGCACGAUUUCGAGGCCGAGGAUACGAAACCGGAAAUUAGGGGUGGACCUGAAAACGAUGUUGGAUGUCAGCCUGGGACAACCGUCCAGAUCGCAGAGUACAGUCCCGAGUGGAGUUAUACCGAGGGUGGAGUCAAAGUUUUGGUUGCCGGUCCAUGGACAGGUGGCAACGGUUCGCAAAAUUAUUCGGUACUUUUCGACGCGGAGCCGGUAAAGGCCUGUUUGGUUCAACCUGGUGUAUUACGUUGUCGAUGUCCAGCCCAUGCCCCGGGUAUUGCGUCUCUUCAGGUUGCAUGCGAUGGCUUUGUCGUAUCGGACAGUGUUGCCUUCGAAUAUCGAAGAGCACCUACGACCGAACCGAAUCCAGAGAGAGCAUUGUUGGAUCGAUUGGCGGAUGUCGAAUCUCGAUUACAAGGACCAGGUCCGCCGUCCCCAGCGGCUCACUUGGAAGAACGACUCGUGGCUUAUUGCCAGGACGCUGUCGUUCGCCCGUGGAGAGUCGGUGCCGAAGCUCUUCAAUCAGGUGGUCCGACUCUGUUACAUUUGGCAGCAGGUUUGGGAUAUUCGAGAUUAGCUUGCGCAUUGCUACAUUGGAGGGCUGAAAAUCCGAGUAACGUUUUGGACGCUGAAGUCGAUGCUCUGAGACAAGACAGUGCUGGAUUGACACCGCUCGCUUGGGCCUGUGCCGCUGGUCACGCUGAUACCGCUAAAAUACUUUAUAGAUGGAACGCGAUGGCGUUACGCGUGAGGGAUCGUCAAAACAGAAGCGCCACCGAGCUCGCCGCGGAGAACGGACACACGGCAAUCGCCGAAGAACUGAAUCGGCUCGAAGCCAGAAGGCAAGACGAGAGGCUUUUCUUGCGACCUGCCAGUCCUAGCCCUAGGAGGCCCUCUCAAGACAGCGGUCUCGAUCUGGCGUUGUGUGGCUCCCCGCUCCUGGACAACAUGGAAUUGUUGCAAGAGGAUGAAUCGUCGUUAGGCCUCGGCGAUCAGGGAAUGGAGAGCGCUCCGACCCCUCAAGAGACCGUAGGGGAAGAAGACGCGAGGGUGCUGACGUUGGCCGAACAAAUUAUAGCCGCGCUACCGGAAAGGAUCAAGAGAGCGGAAGGUGAUUCUCCGUCUUCUUCCUCGUCCCCUCCGCCGCCGCCACCACCGUUGUCGCCGUUAGAAGAUGCUUUGAUGGAGCAAAUGCCUCUCGAUUCCGGCGAAUUGUUCGACUCGUACCGUGAGUGCAGCGGAGGCGCGGCCUCCGUCUCGGACGCCGACGCCGAGGCGAGUCCAUCGAGUCCUUCCAGCAGUUGCCUCACACCGGACUCGCCCUCGCCACCCCCGACGACGGCCGACUUUUGCGAAUUUUUGCAAUUGCAGCUGCAACUAGACGGCGGUAACAAUCAGAACGGUGGCGGUCAGUACUAUCCAAGCUGUAACGAGCGGAAAUAUGGCAGUGGAACCGAUGGAAAUGGGAAUACCGAUGGGAACGAGGCUGACUUGAGUAGGUUGACCCUGUCCGACCGAGAGCAGAGAGAACUUUAUCAUGCCGCGAGAAUGAUCCAGAAGGCCUAUCGGAGUUACAAGGGUCGUCAGAGGCAAGAAGAGGCCGAAAGACACGCAGCCGUUCUCAUCCAACAGUAUUAUCGUCGGCACAAGCAGUGCGCUUAUUACAGGCAAGCUACGAAGGCAGCCCUGGUGAUUCAAAGCAAUUAUCGGAACUAUCGCUCACGUCCUGGGUCCGCUUGUUCAAGGCAACAGGCAGUUCAUCAGCAAGCGGCCCAUCAAGCUGCAAGAAAGAUCCAACAAUUUAUGCGGCAGUCAAAAAUCAAACUGCAGAACGCCAGGGCCGCCGCAAACGGGAACGUGAGGCAGCCAGCGGCCAUUUCACGAGCGGUUGCUGUCCCCCAAAGCUCGCACUCAUCUAGCCCAGGGGCCAGCCUACUAGCCGGCAAGCCAGAGGUCAUUUAAACGAUCGUCAAUCCAGCAGCACGAGGAACGCCAACGGCGACACGAUCGGAAAGUAAUUCUCCAGGAGGAAAGUCCUUUGAAUCGAUUGAUUACUUGUUUGAUCGAUCGAUCGAUCGAUCGAUCGAGCGAGCAUCAUACGCUGGAAGAUAUACUUACAUAUUUCUUUCUUAUCACCUCGACGAGCUACGAGAGAACAAAAGAGAGCUUUGAUCUUACAAAAGGGGGAACGUUUUGUGAAUCAAUCAAUUCUUUGUUUAAUUGUCUUUACUUUCCUUUUGCUCUUUUUUUCUUGACUUUUUUUUACAUUUAAAAAUUGUUUUUUUUUCUCUUCUUUUUCUUUCUUCCUGUCUUUUUUUUAUUCUUUUUUAAUCUUUGCAAUAUCGAGGAUUAAACAUUCUCGAUUCGUCUAACAUCCAAUUUAUUUUAAACUUUACCAAGUGAAAAACUUGUCUUUCUUAACGUUCCAUUUGUUAAUAUCAAAUUACGUUCAUUUUUGUAUUCUCAAGUUUAUUAUUUUUAUUUAACAAAUCUUCAUUCGAUCGAUAUUUUUGGCAUCGUUCUUGUUCUAUCGUUUCUGGUUUUUCUUAUAUACUUAUCAAAUGUGUCAGUUUUGUCGAUGAGAGGAACGAAAACCCUGCCUCUAGUAUGUUACUCUCAUUUUCAUUAAGUUUCAGAAACGAUAAAGCGAUAUUGUGAGAGGUGAAAACGAUCGUGUUAAUACGACAUGAUUUCGACGUAUAAGAAAGAGAAAAAGAGAGAGAGAGGGAGAGAGGGGGAGAGAGAGAGAGAGAGAGAGAGAGAGAGAAUUUGUGUCCUUGGGCUGAUAAGGCAGGGCUGUCAGUAAUUUGGAAAGAAAAAGAAAGACAGAGAUAGAUUUGAUAUAUUUUGAAAAAAAUAUGGGUGCUGAACGGCACUCGAAUCCUUUCAUUUUUAUAUUUCACAUCGAUCUAUAUACGUACAUAAUAUAUUAUAAUAUAUACAUAAAUAGACACACAUACACAUUUACACAUACAUACGUAUAUAUAUAAUAUAUAUACACACACAUAUAUAUAUGUAUAUAUAUAUAUAUAUCUAUAUAUUAUUUUAAUGAAAAUCUUAGCGCGAUUAUCGAAUCCUAUUCACAGUCGUCGUACCCGUAUGCUCUCGUGCUCUUCCAUCAUACGGCAAUCGUUAUUAAAAUCGAAAGCCAAACGAGGUUAGCGUAGAUGAACUAAGAGAAAAAAGUAGAAAGAAGCGAGUAAAAUAAAAUGAAGGAUUUUUUUUUACCGAAGAAAGACAAAGAGAUAGGAAUAGAGAAAGAGAGAGAGAGAGAGAGAGAGAGAGAGAGAGAGAGAGAGAGAGAAUGUUGUCUUUUUGAGAUGUCGUUAGGAAUAUCCGCGUUAAUUUGUCGAAGCGAUAAAAUAGGGACGAUGAAGGUAAAAGACAGAGAAGAUGAAGAAGACACUGAGGAUUUAAAAGUUGAAGAUGAAGAAGAUAUGAAGAUAAAAAGAAGAGAAAGAAGGUAAGAAGAACGAUUUGAGGAGACUACUUUAGAGUGAAGUAGCUCUCCUAAGGGGAAAAAAAAAUUAAAGAAAAUAGAAACGAAAAAAGAAAAGCGGGAUUUUUUGUGGAACGGGGUGGAGGGCGACUCAUCCACGGGCUGUGCUUAAAGUCACAGUAUAAUCAAUUCUCGUAGUGUUAACAUUUAGGAUAAGCUAGUCGAUUAUAUAUUGUUACAAAACUACAUCUACCGUUUCUCCCUCCAGCGUAGGGAAUUUUUUUAAAGAUUCUUUAGCGUAGAGAAAGAAAGAGAGGAAGAGAGAGGUAAAGAGGAGAAGAGAGAAAGAAGCAAGUAAACAAAAAAAAAGGGAAGAUUUUUUGAAAGAAAGAGAAAAAGAGAGAAAAAAAGAGAGAGAGAGAGAUGAAGAGAAUGAUUAAAAGCGAGGUUUAUUACGUCAUCUUAGGGAGUUACACGCGCUUAUAACCGUGGACUCGCGCGUAAAAAGCUCGAUUUUAAAAUGACAAAAGUCUAUUGUGAUAAAUUUAUGGUGAUCCAAGAAAGUAUUUCCGCGAAAUAACUAAACAAACAAAGGGAGAGAGAGAGAAGGAGUAAGAUGGAGAGAGCGAGAGAGAGAGAGAGAGAGAGAGAGAGAGAGAGAGAGAGAGAGAGAAUGCAGUGAAAGAGGGAAAGUAGAAAGGAUAGAUUGAAGUAGAAAGAAAAAGAGGAUUGAAAUGACAGACAGACAGACAGAUCCGGCGUGUUCUUUUUUCUUUUUUUUUUUUUUUUUAUAUAGAAAAACGAGAACGCUUCGUUCAAGUGAAAGUACACAUAUACAUAUAUACAUAGAUACAAACAUAAAUACGUAAGAUGAUCAAUAUCCGAGAUAGAUCAAUCGUUCGAUCGAUAGAUCGAUUCGGCUCGACUAUGACUCUACUUGUGUCGAUCGUCGGCUACAUAUAUACAUACAUAUGUAUUUACAGGCACUCACUGUGACACAGACACAGACACAGGCAUGAUUGUUACGUAAAACGACACGAUCGGAGUUAAUUUGCGGAUAGAAGAGAAGGCGAGAACUAUAUGUGGUGAACCUAAAGGGAGGAGAGUAACAAAAAAAAAAAAGAAAAAAAAAUGGAAAUAUUGUACACAAGAGUCAAUUCCAACGAGCAUUCUCAUGCCACUAAGCUUAAAGAAAAUUAUUAGUUAUAAAGAAAAAUGGGAAGAGGGUUAUAGAGGAAAGAAAAGGGGAAGGAUAGAAAGAAAAAAAUAGAUAGAGAUUCAAAGAGGGAGAAAAAGAAAGAGAGAGAGAGAGAAAGAGAGACAGAUACUCUGAGUAAGGGAAGGAAGGUUUAAUGAGAAAAUAAAAAAAAAUAAAUAAAUAAAAAAAAAAUAAAAAAAAUGGAUAUGAAAACAUUCUCACACUCUUUUAAUCAUUGUUAAAUUAAUGAAUGAAUCAUGAUCCUAUCGUAAAAUGAAACGAGUAAAUAAUAAUUAUUAUAUAUACACACACACAAAACUAUUAUUAUAUAUUCAUAUUUUUGCUUAUUGCAUAUUUAAGAAUCUAUUUAAACAAACACGAGGGCUAGCGACUAUUAUUGUAUGAGAAGAGGAAGAAAGUGGGACGCGCGCGCGCGCGUUGUGAGAGAAGAGGUGGUCGAGGGAGGAAACGAGGCUUUCCUCCUGAGCGAUAUUUUCUUUUCCCUUUUUUUUUACCUAUUUUUCCUUUUCUUUUUCUCUUUUUUUACUUUGUCCUUUUUCCUUUCUCUUUUCGAAGUGUUCGUCGUCGGGCGUUAAUAAUAAUAAUAAUAAUAAUAAUAAUAAUAAUAAUAAUAAUAAUAAUAAUAAUAAUAAUAAUAAUAAUAAUAAUAUUAAUAAUAUUAAUAAUAUUAAUAAUAAAAGAAAACUUUUUCCCCCCUGUACGUGGCAAUCAAUCAAGUUUCAAAAAUUUUUUUUCGAGCGUUCGGCCUUUCGAAGAAAUGAGAAUUAAGAAUAAGGAUAAAAAGAAAGGUAAAUAGUAGGGUAUUUAAAGACGAUAAAGUUCGAAGGGCAAGCUUCUUCGAAAGUUCGAAAGUCUUGGCGUAAACGACUGCGAAUAUUAACAAUGAUGAGAUAUCGUCUUUCUUUUUCUUUUUUUUUUCCUCUGAGAGACUUAAAUAAAAAGGAAAUAAAAUUCAUUAAAGUAAAGUAAAAUAAAAUAAAAUAAAAUAAAUAAAUAAAUCAAUGAAUACAUAAAUAAUUAAAUAACUAAAUAAAUAAAUAAAACAAAAAUGAAAGAAAGGAAGAAAGAAAGGAGGAGAGGAAGGAAGGAAGGAAGGAAGAAAGAAAGAAAGAUAUGAAAUACACAAUAUUUUUCAGUCAUAAAGAGAAAACGUUAUUCGGAUAAUUGAAGAGGAAAAAGAUUAAGAAAAAAAAAUUAAUAAAUAAAAAAAUAAAUAAAAAAAAAUUGAUUAAAGAAUAAAAAGAAAAGAAAUUAAUAAUUUAAUUAGUCGACGCCACGGACAAAAUAUUUCAGGAAUUUCCCCCUCCCCCGUCCGAUUAAUUAUCUGCUCUCUUGUAUGUAUAUAUACGUACACACACAUACAUAUUAUAUACAUACGUAUCCAUGUACGAUCCGCUAAUGUAUGUAUAUUGUAUACACCGAAAAUGAUUUAAUCCGAGCGCGUGGUUUUAAUUCUUGCGACUUGUGGCGCGGGGAGAGUGAGGAAAAAAUAACUAAGAAUAAUAAAAAAAAUAAUACUAAUUAAAAAAGACAUCGCUAGGGUAGGCGCUUCGAGGAUACAUAAACUUUAAAAGACACUUAAUACAUACAAAUUAUUCUCAAAAAAAUGUAAAAGGUUUAAUAAGUCAAAAAAUGGGAAAAAAACAUUUUUAAAGUCUACGUAAGAAAGCCAAGAGUCAAAGACGAAUAGAUAAUAGGAGCCGCAUGGCCUAACUGCUGCCACUUUAAUUAAUUAACUAAUUACUUAUAACUUUAUUACUACUCGAUUAAACUCGAUAAACAGAUGAUAUAUAUGUAUGUACAUAUAUACGUGUUUAUUAAUCCAUCUACACGUACAUAUAUACAAAUAUGUAUAUAUAUAUAUUAUAUAUACAUAUAUAUAUACAUAUAUAUAUAAACAUAUAAAAAAUGGAGUACGUCAUGCCACUUUUCAAACUAACUUUUUAGAACGCAGAUGACGAAUCAGUAGGUAUAGCAGAACUAAUUAAUGAAAAGAUAAAAAAGAAAAAAAAACAUAAAGCAAACUUCUCUUCAAAGAAUUGGGAAUGAUUGAUUCGCGCGGCUAUAGAUUCGAGUAUUUCCAAUUGUCCAGUCCAAGAAAAAGAAUAAAGAAAAAAAAAAAUAAUAAAUAAAAAUAACUCCAAAAAAAAAAGAAGAUAGAAACAUACGGAUACGUACAUUUACAGGGCGCCGCGUGAAUUUUCAACUCGUGAACGCGGAGAGACAGAGAACUAGAGAAAGAGAGACAGAGAAAGAAAGAGAGAAAGAAAAAAGAGAGAAAUAGACAGAGGGAAAAAGAGAAAGAGAAAAGGAUAAAACUCUUUUCUUCGUCGUUCCUUCAUAUUCGGAGUUAUUAAAUAAUUCUUUCGAUAUCUCCGCGGAGAGUAUUAGACACGACGGGGCCCUUACGUAAUUCUUUUUUUUCUUUUUUUUUUUUUCUUAAAGCUUCGUUUUUCUCUCAUUCACUAAACACGUAUCUAGAUACGUACACACAUUCACAUCCACAUGCGCGCACACAUAGAUGCGCCUACACACAUACACAUACACACACACGUAAACAUAUGCUUACAAAGAGAUAGAGAAACGAGGAGACACCAAAACAAUUUGUUUACGUUUCGCGUUUCGCGGAGAUCGAAAGACGCGAGACUAUCUCUGUGAAAUGUACGUAUCACAAUGUCGAAAAGGUCGAAACGAUCGGAUCGGUGCCUAGCUCAUUUUCUAUACACUGUUCCUUGAUUAAGACAUGGUCACUUCGUACCUGCUUGCUGCCUGCCUGGUUCGUGUUACAUAAUAAUACCUAUUUCUAGUCGUACCGAGGUAUAUCACGCGUUGUGUACUCUCCUCGACAUAAAAUAACGUCCAAGCAUGUUGCGUACUUUCGUUGUGAUAAUUCGACGGUGAACGAGCGAGCAAGGGUGUGAAGAUAGAGGGUGAAUCAAAAAAUAUGUGUGUGUGUGUGUGUGUGUAUAUGUGUGUGAGAGAGAGAAAGAUAGAGAACGAGAGAGAGAGAGAGAGAGAGAGAAAGAGAGAAGGGAAGAGAAUAAAAAGGUGGUGGAUUUCACCCUCGCUUGUAAACUGUUCUCCGUUCAUAUACACACACAUACGUACACAGAGCACAGCACAUACAUAGAAAAAAAAACCAACAGACAGACACUUUAGGAUUUUUCUAUUAUCUUAUCGACGAAAGUUACACGAAUUUAUGAUCACACAUACGCCCUCACAUAUACAUCAACAGAUAUUCAAUUACAUACAUACAUACGUACAUAUAGACACACAUACACACACAUUGUAUAAUUUGUUGCAUAUCCCGUCGAUCGUCGCGAAGUUUCGCGAUACUCCCGGAAUGUUGAUGGUUUCGACAGCUGUUUCGACAUGUCUCUCUAGUCGGCGUUUCAAAAUUUCCUGACGGUUCCCAUCGAACGUCGUUCGCUUCGUAAUUGAAUUCCGUCGAGAGUGCAACAUUUCAAAGAGAGAGAAAGAGAGAGAGAGAGAGAGAGAGAGAGAGAGAGAGAGAGAGAGAGAGAGAGAGAGAGAGAGAGAGAGAGAGGGAGAGAGAGAGAGGGGGAGAAAGAGAUUAAAGGAAACAUUGUAGACACGCGUUAUAUGUAAAUGUGUUACAUGAGAAAUAAAGAGGUAUAUACCUAAAUAUGAUAUAAUAUUUAUACGUGUAUUAAGCGUAUAUAAAGAAAAUACGCUCUCGUAAAAAUUUAGCAAGAGACGUUCGAGAAUUGUCGAGGAAUGAAUUUUGAAACGGGGACGGCGCAAUUACACGUACACAUUUACUUUUAGUGGAAAACGAAUAAUGGUAAAGAAGCCUCCAUCUCUUGUAAUAUUUUUAUUAUCGCAAACGUAAUAUAUUACAUUAUUAAAUUAUAUUAAAUAAUGGAUUACGCCCACUGUUUAUUAUUUAUCGACUAACGUUCAACUAAUACUUGUAAAUAAAUAACGAAAAUAUUUUAUCUAUAUUUCCGAUCCGGGGGUGUCAGGCGGGGGCGGCGAAAUUACCUCUUGUCCGCUCUAGAUGGAGAUCGUGCGAUCACCGUUCGCCUGCCCCUCUAUUGUUACACCAUUUCAACAUUGCAUUUAAUAAAUUAUAUAUUUAUUGACUCACUCACCUUUUGACUUACCCCUUUCGCUCACAUUUUACCAAUUAUUAAAUAUUUAUUAGGAGAAACUAUUCUUAUUCGAUGGAAGAACGAAAAUAUUAAAACGAAAGGUAUGUAAUAAAAGAAGAAUUUUUAUAUCAUAUGUAGGUCGAUUAUGUAUUAUCGAGUUUGAAUUUUAAGCAUUGUUAAUUAAAAUGAAGUGAACGAAAUUUUAGGCAUUACUUCCGCAACGAUUUAUUUCAAGCAUGUACAAACGAUACAAACUCCUCGUUUCAGUGUACAAAUUUAAGAAUCGUUCGAACAAAUUAUUUUUUUUGUCGAGAGUUAGAUGGCGAAGAUGAAUGAUAGGUAAGAAAAGAUCGAGAAUAGAGAAGAUUGAUAAGAGCGAAUGACGAACGAAAUAGAUUAGAGAUAAAGAAAAAAUAAUAGAGAAACGGAUGCUUGAUUUUUGAACAAUCGAUAUAUCAUUUUAUUUUUUAAUUAUUAAAUUUAUAUCUUUCUUCAAAGUAAAUCAUUUAUCCGUUGCUAUAAAUUGCUUCUCAUUAAAUAUUACCGUGUUAAAAAUACAUAUGUAUUUGUUAAUGCAUGUUACUUCGUAUAACAAUUAUCGAGUGUCAAGACAAAAAGUUAACAUUUUCGCAAGUUUUUAAAAGAAAAAUAGAGGAAGAGAGAGAGAGAGAGAGAGAGAGAGAGAGAGAGAGAGAGAGAGAGAGAGAGA